AUGUCAGAUAGUAAAAAGAAUUACAACGAAUCUAAUGUACGAUAUAAAGUGAAAUAUUCAGGAAAAAUAUUUGGUAAUAAUAUGAAAAAAUUAAAUGAAAAUAAUAAUCAUGAUUUUACAACUGCUGAAGCAGCAUGGAUGGAAAAGAAAAAGAAAUUAUAUAAAGAUACAAAUAAUCAACCUUUAUGGGAUUUUCGAAAAAUUCAAAUAAAUCCAACAGAAACUGAUGAAUUAAUUAGUUUUCCAUCAAAUAAAAUAUCCUCAAAAAAUUACGGAAAAUAUUCAUUUAUAUUUAAAGGAUUAUAUGAACAAUUUUUGAGAUUACCAAAUAUAUGGUUUUUAUUAAUUUCCUUAUUAGAAUUUAUCCCACAAUAUCAAAAUCUGAGUAAUUAUAUGUAUUAUUCCAAACAUUCUUCUUUUUUCUUACUUCUGUUCUUUAUAUGUGUGUCUAUUAUAAAAAAUAUAUAUGAAGAUUCUAGAAGAUCUAAUAUAGAUUAUCAAAUAAAUAAUAGAUUAUGCCAUAUGCUGGAUGGACCAAACUCCCAAUUAAAAGCUGUAAGAUGGAUGGAAUUAUCAGUUGGUAGUAUAAUUAGAUUAAUAGAAAAUGAACAAGUUCCUGCAGAUAUUCUUUUAUUAAGUUGUAAUAAUUCAGAAGGAGUUGUAUAUAUUGAAACUUCAUUACUUAAUGGAGAAACUAAUUUAAAUAAAAAAUAUUGUGUAAAUGAAACAAGAAAUGAAACAUCUAUAUAUGCAAUAAGUAAUAUUAGAGGUAGAAUAGUUUGUGAGAAACCUAAUAGUAAUAUGGAAUCAUUUAAUGGAUCUUUAAAAUUAGAUGCACAUCCUCGUGCCACUUCAUUAUCUAUUAACAAUGUUAUAUUUAAAGGUUCUCAUAUUAAAAAUACUGAAUAUAUAUUUGGUGUUAUAUUAUAUACAGGUAAUGAUACCAAAAUUAUGAAAAAUAUAUCUAAUAAUAAACACAAAUUAGGAUAUGUAAACAAAGAAUUAAAUUCUUAUACUAUUAUCGGUUUAAUCUUUACAUUCAUAUGUGUAUUUAUAUCUGUUUUAUUUAAAUGGACUGAAGAUGAUAAAUUUAGAAAUGGUUCUCAUUUUUUUUUAAUUACUGUUAAAGAUAAUAUAUGUGAAUCUAUAGUUAAAUACACAUUAUUAUAUUCUAAUAUUAUACCUAUUAGUAUAUUAAUAUCAGUAGAUUUAAUUUCUAUAUUACAAAGCAUUCUUAUUGAAAAUGAUAAUCAUAUAAGUACAUUCGAAAAUUAUGAAACAUCAGAACCAUCUACUAUUGAUGAUAUGGAUAAUGAAUUAGGUGAUUUUAAAAUGGAUAAAUCUCAUACGUUUUUUAAAAAAUAUACUUAUUUUUUAAAUAACCGUAGUAAAAAUUUUACUAACAAUAGAUAUUCCUCUACAAAUACUGAACGCGCAUCUGAUUUUAGAAGAAGCUUUUUUGGUACUUUUGAUAAAUUAAAAACUAUAAAAAGAUAUUUUUAUAGUAUUAAAAGUAAAAUUAAAUCUAUAUCACAGUCAAAUACUCUUUAUAAUAAAAGUUCGGCAGGCGGUAGUAUUAUACGUUCAGAUAAAAAUAAACAAACUACAUUUUCAAAAUCGUCUAUAGAUAUUUUUCAGAGAACAAAUAAUAAUGGGCAUUCCCAAACGUUGGAUCAUAAUAAUAAUAAUAAUAAUAAUAAUAACAAUAUUUGUAAAGAAAAAUAUCAAAAUGUAAAUAAUUCAAAAAAUGUUUAUGUCUCUGAAGAUUCAUCAAAUAAUAAAUAUAAACAGAACGAUUAUCUACAGAAAAGUCAAGAACAAACUGAGAUUCAUUCCAUAAAUAAUAAUAAUUAUUAUAAUAAUAAAAAUGACAAUAAAUUGCAAAGCGAAUUUAGUAAUCAUAAUUAUAGAAUCAAUGCAUAUAAAAGUAAUAGAACUACAAAAGAUGAUACAUAUAAUAAUAAACAUAUAUCAUUAAAUAGUAGAAGUAAAUCUAAUCAAAAAGGAAUAUUAAUAAAUAGUAAUGAAAUAAAUCGAAAGAAAAAAAAAAAUCUUCUCCAAAAAAUUUUUCCCUUUUUCAAAAAAAAAAGAACAAACAUUUCAGAAGAUUUAUCUAAAAAUGUUUUUAGAAGAAGUAAACAAUUAAAUAUAAAUCAUAACAAUAGUGAAAAAUAUAACCUAAAUGAUUAUGAUGAAUAUGGAUGGGGAUUAUGUUUAAAUUCAAAUAUGCAUGGAGAUCUAGGAAAUGUAGAUUUUAUAUUUACAGAUAAAACAGGAACUUUAACAAACAAUAAUAUGACAUUUAAUAUGUGUUCUAUAGCAGGAAAGACAUAUGGAUCCAAAUGUAAAAAUAAAAAAAAAAUAUAUAAUAACGCUAAAUCUAAUAAUGAUAAUAAACUUAAUUCUUAUGAUAAAAAUAUAUUUAAGAAGAAGUUUUCUUCUGAAGCAUCUAUAAAGAAAAUUUCUUUUGUUAGGGAUUUUUCAAAUAAUGUGAGUUCAAAAAAUGAUCUAACACUUGAUGAUCCAACAGAAUUAAUUUCUGACGAAGGGAAUAAUUACCUUAGAGAUAAGUAUGAACAUACAUCUGAUAAAAAAAUGAAUACCAACAAAAACAGAGACAGUGUAAAUAACAACAACAAUAACAAUAAUAAGGAUGUCAAUAACAAUAAAAAUAAAAAUAAUAAUAAUUAUAAUAGUAAUAAUGAUUAUAUUAAACAAAAUGGGGAAUGUAAUAUAUAUAAUAACCAGAACAAUACAAAUAAUACACAUAAUAAUAAUAUAUAUUAUGAUGAAUAUAAUAAUACAAAUGAAGGGAAUAUGAAAAAUAGUAAUGUAAAUAAAGAUACCAAUUCUAAAUAUAAUAAAAAGGAUUUUAUAAUCAACACAUCAGAUAUAAUAAAUAAUAAUAAUGACCAAAAAAUAAAUAAUAUAAAGUACAAAUAUAGCUCUUCAUGGAAUAGCAAAGCAAAAAAAUCUAGUUAUAUUAAUUUGAAUUCAUAUAAUAAAUAUCAGUCCUUUCAAAAUUCGUCUAUUUUAUCAUCUUCUUUAUCAUCUACAUGUUCAUCAGAAACUGACGAUGAAAAUGUAUCACAAUUAAUGUAUUAUAGUUCUUCAAAUUAUGAUAACUUAGAUAUAAAUAAUGAUAUGGAUAGUACUAAAACCUAUUCUCAUUAUACAGAACAAAAUUAUUAUAAUAGUGUAAAAGAUGAUAAAGAUGAUAAAGAUGAUAAAGAUGAAAAAGAUGAACACCAAAAACACAAACAAAAAAAAACAAACAAACAAACAAAAAAUAUACAACAAAAUCAAAGUGAUCAAUGGGAAGAUAAUAGAUAUACACAAGAAUCAAUAAAGAACCAAUAUUUUUUUGAUAGAAAUUAUCAAACUUUUUUGAUGAAACAAAAUUUCCCAAGACCAAAAAGUUUUAGAUUAAAUAUGAAUUCCAGUUCUGUUAAAGGAAGAUGUGAUUUUAAUGAUACAAAAAUAUAUAACGAUUUAAAUUCUCAAAGUUGGAGAGGAUACUAUAUUGAUGAAUUUUUUAAAUGUAUGACGUUAUGUCAUGCUGUAACACCAUUUAUACAAUUUGAUUAUAUAAGAAAUAAACAUUUAACAUAUACAAAUUCUAGAAGUUCUAAAGGAAUUUCUAAUAAUAUGGACAGAUAUAAUAUUAACACCACCACCAACAACAACAACAACAAUAAUAAUAAUAAUAAUAUUAAUAAUAAUAAUAAUAAUAAUAAUAAUAAUAAUAAUAAUAAUAAUAAUAAUAAACAGUUUUCUUGUGAUUAUACGAAAAAUAGAAAUGAUAUAAUUUUCGAAACAUCCACAGAUUAUUACGCUAACCAAGAUAAUGCGAAAAGAAAAAGAGAAAAAACACUUUUUGAUAAUGUAAGCCAUUGUGGAGAAAUUCAAGAAUAUAGCGAUAACAAAAAAUAUAGAAUGAAAAGAAGCCAAACGUGCAGUAAUAAUAGAAAAAUAUUUUCUAAUCAAAGAAGCUUAUACGAUUAUAGACAUAUGAAUAAUACCUUUAAAAAUAAAAAUAGCUAUUUAAGAAAUAAACUAAAAUCAAAAAUAUUCCUUGAUAAAAGUUAUAGAAAGAGAAAAAAAAGUUCUGGAACUUAUAAAGGAUCAGAUAUAUAUAAAGGACUUGAAAAAAAAGAAACAAGCAGAUGGAAAAGGUUUCUACAUAUGAAAGGGAGUAACAAUAGAAAUUUAUUCUCAAGGAUAAAAGAUUUUAAAUCUAAUAGUAUAAUCUAUAAUAACCAAGACAAAACUAAUGAUUACAAGAACGGUUAUUUUAAUAAUAUUCAUAAUGAUAAUAAUAUUCAUAAUAAUAAUAAUAAUUAUUAUUAUACCAAUGAAAAAAUUAAUAGAUCUUUUAAUAAAAGACAUAGUGCUGUUUCAUUUAAGCAAAUAUCUAAAGAAAAAUUAAUUCCUAUAAAUAAUGUUUUAAGUAAUAGAUGUGAUGUAGAAAGUUAUCCUAACGAAGAGUUGUCUUUUAGUAAAAAGAAAAAAAAAAAUUCAGAAAUUGUAUCAUUUGCAAGUGGAAAGAGUGAUAUAGGAUUUGAAGAAAGAACAGAUGCAGGAAUAGCAGGAAAAAAUAUGGAACUCUCUUAUAAUGAAUUAGAAAAAUAUAAAUACGUAAAACAUAUAGAUAGUAAUAAUAAAUAUAUUAAUAAUAAUAAUAACAGUAUACACAUGAGCCAUAUGAGUAGUAAUAAUAACAACUUUGAAUCACAUAUAUAUUUGGAUGCUAUAAAAUAUCAAUCGAGUUCAUUAGAUGAAGAAUGCCUAAUAUAUAGUUCCAGUUUUUUAGGAUAUAGAUUAGUAUUAAGAAAUAAAAAUACCAUGUGUAUUGAGAUUGAUGGUUCAUUUAAUAAAUGGUCCAUUAUAGGGAUCAAUGAAUUUACAAAUAGAAGAGGGAAAAUGUCUAUUGUUGUAAAACCUGACUCAAUGGAAUCUGGAUCUAUAUUAUAUGUAAAAGGUUCGGAUUCAUCUAUUUUAUCCUUACUAAAUUUAAAAUAUAGUAAAUUUUUGGAUAAAAAAUACUCAAGAAAGAGAAGAAAUAAAAAUAUGCAGAAAUAUAAACAAAAACGGGAAGAAUAUAAUGAAUUAAAAAGUAAAGAUAUUAAUAUAGAAGAAUUCCAAAAAAGUAAAUCCCUGAGUUUGAAAAAUUUUAAGAAUAAUACACCGAAGGUUUUAUUUGGUGAAUGUACUCUGGAUAAUAAUAAUAACAAUAUCAAUAAAAAUGAUAAAAAUGAUAAAAAUGAUAAACAUAAUAAUAAUAAUAGUAAUAAUAAUAAUAGUAAUUAUUCCUAUAAUUAUCAUUAUGAUUCUAAUAAUUUAGAUGCAAUGGAAAAUCAAAAGUAUUCCUAUGCAUAUGAAGACAAAGAAGAUUGUUAUUAUACAAAUAAUGGCGAAUGUAAUAAAUAUAAAGAACGUUAUAGAAGAUUAGAAAAACAAUUACGUAAAUUUUCUGUGAAAGGAUUAAGAUCCAUGAUUUUUGCAUUUAGAUAUUUAAGUGAAGAAGAAACUAUUAAAUAUAAAAGAAUGUAUGAUGAUGCUUGCUCAUCUAUAUAUAAUAAAGAACAAAGAUUAGAAAAGGUUGCAGAGGAAUUUGAAAGGGAUUUAAUAUAUUUAGGAAUAACAGGUGUAAAAAAUGGUUUACAAGAAAAAGUACCAAAGACAAUUGAUAUAUUAAAUCAAUCAGGUAUACGAAUAUGGAUGUUAACAGGUGAUAAUGUAGAAUAUUCAUUACAUGUUUCAUUUUUAUGUAAAUUUUUAAAUAAACAUACCAAAAUAUUUCAUGCAGCGUUAGAAAAUAGUAAUACCAAAAAAUUAAAAAGAGAAGGUAUGGCAUUAUAUGAAUUAUUUCAAUUGGAGAAGGAAGAAAAGAAACCAUAUGAAAAUUUAUGUUUAUUAGUUAAUGGUCGAAAUUUACAAACCUUCUUAAAUUAUACUGAUUUACAAACACACUUUUUAAAUAUGGCUUGUACUUGUGAUGUUGUUAUAGCUUGUCGAAUUACAGCAAAACAAAAAGCAUUUUUAGUACAGUUAAUAAAAAAUAGAUUAUAUCCAACUCCAAAUACAUUAGCUAUAGGAGAUGGUGCAAAUGACAUAGCAAUGUUACAAGAAGCGAAUAUAGGUGUAAGUAUAAUGACAUCAGAUUGUAUUAUAUCAGCUGGAUAUUCAGAUUAUUGUAUAAAGAAAUUUUGUUAUUUAAGGAAAUUAUUAUUUAUAUAUGGAUCAAAACAUUUAUAUACUAUUAGUAUUAUAUUAUAUUGGAAUUUUUUUAAAAACAUACUUCUUAUAUUACCAAUUUUUUUUUAUCAAGCUUAUGCUUCUUGGAGUUGUGUAAAAAUUUAUCCAGAAUUAUUAUAUACCUUCUUUAGUAUAUUUUGGGUUUUUAUACCUAUAAUAUAUUAUAUGUUUUUACAACAUAAUUUAAAUUAUGAUAUAUUAUAUAAUAUACCAUUAUUUUAUGCCUUAAGUAGAAGAAGAUAUAAUAUGAAUUGUUUCAAAUUCUUACCAUGGAUUUUUGAAGCUAUAUUUUAUUCAAUGAUUAUAUACUUUUUUGCAUAUGCAGCACUUAAAGAAAAUUCUCAUUUGAACAAUGGUGAAGUUAUUACAAUUAAUACAUUUGGAAAUAUAUGUUUUAUAGGAUGUCUAUUGAUAUCAAUAUUACGAUUAUUCUUAGAAGGAUCCUUAUGGUCUCCGUCUAUACUUAUAACCUGUUUUGGUUGCUUUUUAUUUGUGUUUUUUCCAUCUCUUCUUUUUAUAUGUUUUGCUUAUUUAUCAAAUGAAUAUAUAAGAGAAGUUUUCAGACAAUCAUUUUUGUGGGCCCCUUUAUAUGUACUAUUAAUAUUAUGGUUUAGUACAUGUAUUAUUUCAUAUAUAUUUAUUAAUUUCACUAAAUCCAUAUUAUUUCCCAAUAUAUAUAAUGUUGUAAAUCAUUGGUUAUUUGAACAAUAUCAAGAAAAACAUAAUAAAAAUAAAUACAUUUUCUCUUUGUCCGGUAAGAAUAAAUUUCUCAAGUUGAGAAAAUUAGGAAAAAAAAUUAAAUUUAAAUUUAAAAGAAAUUAUAGUAAAAAAUAUGAUACAAAUAUGAUAAGAGAACAUCCUUUACUUCAUCAUACAUUUAAAUCUGAACAGGAUCAGAAUAAAUGUAAUGAGCAAUUUUCAAAGGACCCCUUUAUUUCUAAUUCUUUACUGAAAUCAAAAAAUUGUAAAUUUAAAAAGGAUAGUUCUUAUAGUAAGUCAAAUAUGCAUGUGGAUGAAGAGCAAACGUAUAAAGGAUUGAAAGUUGUGUUAUCAGAGCAAGUUGUGCAUGCGAAGGAAAAUUUAGUUUCUUUUAAGAAUGAAAAAAAAAAAAAAAAUAAUAAAAAUACAAGCAUGAAUGUAAAUGAUAACAUAAUUACAAAAAAUAAUAACAUUAAUCUUAAAAAUAAUGAUAAUAAUAAUGAUGAUGAUAAUAAUGAUGAUCAUAAUAAUGAUGAUGAUAAUAAUAAUAAUAAUAAUAAUAAUAAUAAUAAUAAUAAUAAUAAUAAUAAUAAUAAUAAUAAUAAUAAUAAUAAUGAUAAUAAUAAUAAUAAUAAUAAUUAUUAUAAGAAUAAUAAUAAUGAUCAUAACAAAAAGGAAUUUAAAGAGAACCAUAUUCAAAAUAAUUAUGAAAAUAUAUUUAAUCAUACACAAGUUGAAAAUAACUUGAUAAAAGGAAAUCUCUCCAUUAGGAACGACAACAACAGGAGUGAUAAUAAAAAUGAAACAGAUUAUAUAAAACAAAGUGAUGAAGAUUAUGAAAUGAAUCAUAGUAUUACUUCUUUAAGAAAAAGAGAAUGUAUAAAUGAUUCAAAAUAUAUAGAUAAUAAAUCAUAUGAUAAUAAAAUAUCUAAUAAACAUGAAGAAAAAGAUGGUUUAAAAAGUGAUGAUAGAAGUUUAAUUAAUAGUAAUAUGAUGGAUUAUAAAAACGAUUUCACGGAAAAUGAUACAACAUAUAGUUUUAACGAUAGUCAUUUAUUUUAUGAUUUCCCAUCAAAUUCUAAGACAACAAAAGAUUAUAAAGUAAUUAAUUCCAGAAUAGAUGAUUCUAUAAUGGCUGAUAUGAAGAAUUGUUUAAAUCCAUUGAAAAAUACAUUUUUAGUAGAUUUAUUGCCCCCAGGGAAAAGAUUCAGAAUAAAUGAAGACCAUAUAUAUUUUAAAAAUAACGAACGCAUGGAAAACAUUCCUGAAGCUUUAGAUGUCAAUAAAAAAUAUUAUCAUAUAAUUCAAAAUAGAGCUGAAUAUUAUGAUAAUGAUUCACUGUCUGAAUUUUCAUAUACUAGUUCAAAUAGUUCAAUUAAUAAUAAAAAGAAAAAUGAAAAUGCACAAAAAGAAAUAGUUAAAGUCAGUCAUUUAAUUAAUAGAUUUACUUUGGCAUUUAAGGAUAUGCAAUUAGAAUCAGGAUUUCAAAUACAUAAAAAAAAUAAAUUUUAUAAAACAUUCACACCUUGGUAUCGUUUUAUAUUUUUAUUAUUAGGAGUAUUCUUUUUAUAUGUUUGGAAAUUAGAAUCAUCUUUGAGCCAAUUAUGGAAUAUGCCAUCAGAUGCAUCUACUGAUGUAUUUAUAUUAUUCUUAUCACUUUUAUUAGAAUUAGUUCUAUUAGCUGCAACUGUUACAACAUUUUUCUCUAAUAUAUUUAUAGAAAAUUUUAAUAAAAUUAUUAGUGCUGUAGUUAUAUUAAUAAUAACGUACCAUGUGGUUAGCUAUUCCGUGACACAUAUCGAUGGAGUAUUUCAAGCAGUUCUAUUUCCAUUAUAUACAUUUGUUAUAUUAAGAUUACCUUUUGUUAAUGCAGUUUUAUGUAAUAUUAUAUUUUUGGGCUUAUUCAUUAUACGAUUUAAUGGUGAUCAUUUUUUAGAUAAAAAAGGGUUAGCACAUUAUAUACCCUUAUUUAUUGGUGUCGAUGUUUUUGUUGGCUUUGUUGGUUAUCGAUUAGAGUAUAACCAAAGAAAAAAUUUCUUAUUAGAAUAUUCAGUAGAAUCAUCAAGAAGGAAACAAAGAGAAAUUUUAAAUACAAUGUUACCCCCUUUUGUUGUUGACGAAAUGAUAUAUUCUGAAUUAAAUGAAGAAGGUAUACCUAUUUCAUUAAAAGCCGAGGACAUUAGUACUGUCACCAUAAUUUUUUGUGAUAUAUAUGAUUUUCAAAAUAUUGUGGCCAGUAUUGAACCUACUCGUCUUGUGGAAGUAUUAGACAGAUUAUUUUUAUGUUUUGAUAAAUGCACUGAACAAUUUAAUUGCACAAAAAUUGAAACAGUUUUUGAAACAUAUUUAGCAGCUUGUGGUUUGGUAAAAAGGGAAAAAGAUGAAGACGAGUUGGAAAAUAAUAAAUAUAGUAAUAAUAAUAAUAAUAAUUAUUAUUAUUAUAAUAGAAAAAAAAAGAAGAAAAAAAAUAACAAUAACACCAACAACAACAACAACAACAAUAAUAAUAAUAAUAAUAAUAAUAAUAACAACUUGAACAAUAACAAUAAUAAUAAUAAUAAUAAUAAUGUUAAUACUUCGGAUGAUGAUGGUGAUUUUUUUGAAGAAGAUGAUGCUAAUAAUCACCAAAUAUAUAAUCAAAUGAAAGGUCAAGAAGAUGCACAUGAUUCUAUAGAUUUUGCUCUAUCCAUUCUUCAUGUAAGUAGUCAUAUUAAAUAUGAAAAUUCAAAAAUGAUGUUAAAGAAAAAUGAUUCAUUUGAAGUUGCUAAUGAUGAUACACAUAAUGUAAAUGACUCUCACAAUAAAGACAAAGAAGAAAAUGAUAAUACUAAUACUGAUAAUAACAAACCAACAAGUAUACGAGUCAAAGUAGGGAUACAUUCAGGACGAAUUAUUGCAGGUGUGGUCGGUUCAAAGAAACCACAAUAUGCCCUUUUUGGUGAUACUGUUAAUACAGCAUCAAGAAUGAAAACCACAGGUAAACCUGAUUAUAUACAUAUAUCUGAAGCUACGUAUAAUUUAGUUAAAGACGAUAAAACAUUAAUUUAUGAAAAGAAAGAAACAGAAAUUAAAGGAAAAGGUAUCAUGACAACCUAUCUAUUGACAUCAGUGAUCGGCUUAAAUUAUCCAUUUCUCGGUGAAUAUGUAGAAAAAAAAGGUCAUUUUAUAUCAGACUUAUAUGAAGAUGAUUUAAGUAAUAAUCUAAAUUAUGAUAAGACUCAAAAUAUUCUUGGAUAUUAUUCAAAUAAAAUUAAUCAAAAUAAUUAUUGUAAUAUAAAUGAAGGACUAAUAAAUAAUAAUAUGAAUACAUUUAAUACAAUCGAUGGUGAUACAAGUAAUUAUUAUGUAAAUCUUAAAGAUCUAUCUUUGAAUGAUUUACCUAAUGAAUAUAUUAAAGAUGUGAAUACACAUUAUUGUGAAAUUAUAAAAUUAAGAAACCUUAAAAUAGGAACAGCUGUUGGAUAUCAAUUAAAACAAAAAGAUUUUUAUAAUAUGACAUUUUUAAAUAAUGGACUUAAUAAUGAUACAGCAACAAAUUUUAAUCAAUAUAUUGAAAGUCAUAAAGAUUUUGACGAUAUAAAAGAUCUACGUAUUGGUAUGAAUAAACUUUCUAUAAGUGAUUCAUUAUAUUAUUUGAAUGAAAAUGUAAUAAGAAAUGAACCAAUAAAUGAAUACAAAAAUAAAAUAAAAUUAAAAAGUGUAAAUACAAAUAGAAAAUCCUAUGAAGAUGCACAUUUAAACGCAGGAAAUAUUAUACAUACUAAUAACGAAUAUCCUAAUGGACAAAAUAUUGAAGAAGAUGAUGAUUUAUUAUUAACCAAUCAUUAUAAUAAGACAAAUAUAUAUAAUAAUAAUAAUAAUAAUAAUAUAUAUGAUGUAAGUAAAGAAUUAAUUGAACAUAAUGAAGAAGAUUACAAAAACAUAUUAAUGUGUUCCAAAAGGUGCAAAGAUUGUAAUGAAAGUUAUUGUACUCCAAAUGAUUGUAAUAACAGUGAUCAUGUAUAUCAUGUAAUGUAUCAUAAAAAGUUAAGUAAUAUAAAAAAAAAUUAUUUGAAAAAUAUAAGAAAAGAUGCAAAUAUUAAAAAGGACAUAGAAAAAGAAGAAUUAAAUAAAAUACAUUCAAAUAAGAAAUCAUUUAAUUUUUUUUAUUUAUUUUCUUAUAUAUUUAAAAUAUUUCCAUUUAUUGGAAAAAAAAAUAAGGAAGAAAAAAAAAAUAAAUCAUAUAAAAAGGGAGAACAAGAUAAAUCAUCUAAAAGAAUAAUUGCUUUAAACAGUGAAUGGAUAUUCUUAAAAUUUAGUGAUAAAAAUUUAGAAGCAAAAUAUAGAGCACAUUUUUAUAGUAACAAAUCAAAUAUUAAUUCAAUUGAACAAGCGUUAAUUAUAUUUUUAGUUACAUUUGUUAUGCAAACUUUAAUAUCUAGUACGGUUUCUAUAGUAUUUAUUGAUCAUAAAAGAGCAACACAAACAUUACAUAUAAACUAUUUUGCAUAUUGGUCAGUACGAUCAGUAUAUACAUUUUUUGGAUUUGUGUUAUGGCUUUUAUUUCAUUAUAGAACACGGCCUGAAGUAUCAUCUUUAUUAAACAUAAAAUGGAUGAUAUUCUUUUUAAAUUUAUUAUUCAUAUCAGCAGCUUGUGUAUUUUCCAUAGCAUAUUUAUGGGCUAUAUCCGAAACAGAUCAGACAACAUCAUAUACGAUAUGGAUGACAAAUGAUACAAUCGAAUUUUUUUUUUAUUUAGUUAUAUUACAUCAUAACACAGGAAUGUUAUUCCAAACGUGUAUCUUAGUAGAUUUGUUAUUUAUUACUAUGUCAUUAACCUUUAUAGCUACAAGUGUUGUAAAAACUAUAACAACUGAUUCAACAGUAUUAUUAAUACCUUGGUAUGUAGCUUUUAAUUUAAUUUCUACCUAUUGUAAAGAAUCAAUAGAUAGACGGACCUUUUAUGCAAAUGAAAGUGCAAAGAAAACAGAAAAUAGAGCAACAGAACUUUUAAAUGAUAUGUUACCCAAACAUGUAUUAGAAGAAUUUCAACAAGAUAAAUUAAAAUUAGCAUAUACACAUGAUAGAUUGACAUUUCUUUUUGCUGAUAUUUGUGGAUUUACAUCAUGGGCAAAUGGUGUAGAUGCAUCUGAAGUUUUAACAUUAUUACAAAAGCUAUUUGCAAAAUUUGAUAACGAUAGUACAAAAUAUGGAUUAUAUAAAUUAUGUACAAUUGGGGAUGCUUAUGUAGCUAUUAGUGAACCAGUUACUGAAGAUAAUAAGGAUUAUGAUCCAGUAGAUGGUACAGAACGUGUUUUAGAAAUGGCCUAUUCUAUGAUUAGAAUUAUUAAAGAAAUAAGAGAAAAAUUAUAUAUUCCCAAUUUAAAUAUGAGAAUUGGAUUACAUUAUGGUUCUUGCGUAGGUGGUGUUAUUGGUUCAGGGAGAUUAAGAUACGAUCUUUGGGGUAUUGAUGUAUUAACAGGGAAUUUAAUGGAAAGUAAUGGUAUUCCUGGAAAAAUUAAUGUAUCCGAAACACUUAAAAAUUUCUUAUUACAGCAAUUUAAAAAUAGAUUCAUUUUUAAACCACAUACAACAAUAAGAGUUAUAUACAAAGAUGUUAAAUGUUUUAUUAUUACAGAUAAAAAAGAAGUAGAAUCCUCAAACCACUCUAAAUUAUUACAAAAUAAAAACUAUCUACUUAAUAAAAAAUUUAGCACACAAAAUUAUUUAGUCAAAAAUAUCUUUGCCAAGAAAAAACAUUCAAGUAUCUCUUCUAAGAAUAUUCAUUCAUACGAUGAAAAAAAGAAGAAGAAAAAUGAUUUAUUCUAUAUAAAUGUUAACGAUCGCCAGUCGAAUUUGUAA